AAGAAAGGCGUCAAACGAAAAGCCGACACCACCACCCCCACCACCACCGCCAUCAUCGCCACCAGCGGAGAGUCUUCUCCUUCCGCCACCUUGCUGGAGACCAAAGCGGCGAAGAUCCCGGCCCGGCGGGAGAGCGGUCGGCCCAUCAAACCUCCCAGGAAGGAUUUACCCGAUUCCCAGCAGCACCAGACGUCGAAAAAGGGGAAGUUGUCGGAACAGCUGAAAUAUUGUAACGGGAUCCUGAAGGAGCUGCUGUCGAAAAAACACGCGGCCUACGCCUGGCCCUUCUACAAACCCGUCGACGCCUCGGCUCUGGGGCUCCACGAUUAUCACGAGAUCAUCAAACACCCCAUGGAUCUCAGCACCAUCAAGAGAAAGAUGGAAAAUCGGGAUUAUCACGACGCCCAGGAGUUCGCCGCCGACGUCCGGUUAAUGUUCUCCAACUGCUACAAGUACAACCCGCCCGACCACGACGUGGUGGCCAUGGCCCGCAAGCUGCAGGACGUCUUUGAGUUCAGCUACGCCAAGAUGCCGGAUGAGCCCCAGGACUCCAGCCCCCCUUCGGUGUCGGCCCCGCUCCCCGGCGCUCUCUCCAAAUCCUCCUCCGAAGAAUCUUCCAGCGACGAGGAUGAAGACGAUGAAGACGAUGAAGACGACGACGAAGACGAGAGCAGCAGCGAAAGCUCCUCGGAGAGCGAAGAGAGUUCGGAUUCGGAGGAGGAACGAGCCAAUCGUUUGGCUGAACUUCAGGAGCAGCUGCGGGCCGUACACGAGCAGUUGGCUGCCCUCUCGCAGGGCCCCGUUUCCAAACCUAAAAAGAAACGUGAAAAAAAGAAAAAGAAAAAAUCAGAAAAACAUAAAAUUCGUGGAGGAGGAGGAGGAGGAGACGAAGAAACGCGAGCGCGGCAGAACCAGCUGCGGAAAGCCAAGAAAACGGGUGGCGGCAGCGGCGGCUCCAAGAAUUCCAAGAAAGCCCCGAAAGCCUCGUUACCGCCUCCGCCGGCGCCGCUCUACGACUCGGAGGAGGAAGAGGAGAGCAAACCCAUGACGUACGACGAGAAACGGCAGCUCAGUUUGGAUAUCAACAAAUUACCGGGGGAAAAAUUGGGUCGAGUGGUUCACAUCAUCCAGUCCCGGGAACCUUCCCUGCGAGAUUCCAACCCCGAGGAGAUCGAAAUCGACUUCGAGACCUUGAAACCCUCGACUUUACGGGAGCUGGAACGUUACGUCCUCUCCUGCCUGCGCAAGAAACCGCGGAAACCCUACAGCGAAACUCUGAAGAAGCCGGUGGGGAAAACGAAAGAAGAAUUAGCGCUGGAAAAGAAACGGGAGCUGGAGAAACGGCUGCAGGACGUCAGCGGCCAACUCAACUCCACCAAGAAACCCCCAAAGAAGG